AUGCACCGAAAUAAACGCAGAAAGGACAGUCUUCAUGGAGUAGAUAUGUCGCAGGAAGAUGUUUUAUAUCCAAGCGACGCUCUGCAACCAAACGAUAACGUGGUUUAUGGUCUCGAAAAAGCUAACUACGAUGUCAUUAAACCUCAUCUCACAUUUUCAACACUAACAAAUGCAUAUCUUCGAGCUGAAAUACCAAGAACGAUCGGAAAAGAAAAAUCUGAAGUAUUAUGGCCAAAAAAUUAUGUAACAAAUUGUACCAAGCAACAGAACGGGGAGUAUAAAAUGACUACUCAAGCUAUGAAACUUCCUGUAAAAGGUUUUAGAAGGUCUAUCAGUGAGAAAGCUAAGAUUUCAACACAAACGAAAACUUAUAAUAAAACAUUUACAUUUACAUUUAAUUCAACAAUGCCCUUUGAUUCUUCUAACAUGUAUACAAUGGAAAACUUAACAUAUUUAAGUAUAAGAACGAAUGCAAAUGAAUUGGAUGAAUCUGAUAAAAGACAGAAAAGUAAUGAUAAUAUAAAUGAUAAUUUGUCUACGAAAGGAUUAGUGGGCUUGUUAAUACCAGAGGCUACAGCGACUCUACCAGUUAACUACCAUUUCAUUAAUGAAUCA